CAGUCUUUUUUAUAACACCAACAAGUAAACAUCAAAAUGUAUAAGCUCAUCAUUUUGCUGUUCGUCAUUACUUUUGUGAACGGUAGGGAGGAUUUCGGAAUGAAGUAUGUAUUGAGGAUAUACGAAGACUGCCAGCAAUCUGACGGCGUAAUACCUUGUCUGAAGAAGAAAGCCAUACUUUUCUUCGAUCGGGCAGCCAGGAUGGAGUCGAUUCCUUUGAUUGAUGGUGUGGAUAUAGUGAGGGCAUCAGACAUGGAAGUUGUCCCUGUCAGCGAAAAUGAUAUUGAAGCAAGUUUACCCAGGAAUUACGAGAGCAAGGAUGGGAUGCUGUCGAGCAUGCUCUGGGAUAGAGUUGCUGCUUUUGCAAAUUCGAGAACCGUCCAGCUGUCAUUACCAAAGAUGUCUGGCCAGGAGCUUAAUAAAGGUAUCGAAGAAGGUCGUGGAAAAAUGAAGAAGAUGAUGGGAAUGAUGAUGAUGGGGGGAGCAAUGAAGAUGGCAGCAAUGAUACCUGUUGCUAUCGCUGGUUUAUUCGUAUUAGCUGGAAAAGCUCUCAUAGUAUCUAAGAUUGCACUGCUUCUAGCAGGAAUAAUUGCACUUAAGAAGAUUGUGGCACAGAAGAAUAUGGGUGGCGGCAGCAGUAGCCACGAAAGCCAUGGCUGGUCCUCUGGAGGCGGCAGCAGCGGCGGGGGUUGGGAUAAAAGAUCAGCAUCAGAGUUAGCCUAUAACGCCUAUAAGACUAAUUAGAAUUACAUUGCCUAACUAAAAGUACAUGUAAAUUGGUUAUAUAAGAAUAGUUGCAAAUGGUUUUCAUAAACAAAAUUACAACCAUAUUUUUUUUUAUAUAAUUUUAAAUUAAUUUCUAAUAAAAACUUUUAUAUCAAAGACACUUCGUUAGAUAAUUCAAUAGAAAUAAAAAAAAUGUAUUUCUAAUUAUGCUCAAUAACAUCAAAGUAAUUAAGUAAGCUUUGUUUUGUAUCGCUUAUACAUAGGUCGUUAAUAUUUAUUUUAGA